AUGAAUAAAUUUUUUCUCAUAUCUAUUUCCUUAUUAAUCGUAAUUGCUGAUGAUUUGAGCUAUAAUCAAAAAAUGUAUUGGUUUGAACACUAAUUGGUUGAUCAUUAUGAUAAAUUGAAUAAAAAUGUAUUCCAUCAAAGAUAUUGGGUUGUGGAAGAAAACUUUAUCCCAGAAACAGGAGUAGUAUUAUUUCAGAUUUGUGGAGAAUAUACAUGUAAAUAAAAUAUUAAGCAUAGGUCCUGGAAUAAUGGAAGAAAGAUUGUUCAUUAUUUAAUUAGCUAAAGAGUUUAAUGCUUUGAUCAUAGUGUUGGAACAUAGAUAUUAUGGAAAGUCAAUGCCAUUUGGUAGUGAAUCUUUAAAAGAUGAAAAUCUUCGAUAUUUAAGCACAAGAUAAGCUUUAGAUGAUUUAGCCUACUUCUAAAGGUUCAUGAUUUUAAAUAAAAAACACGGAAUUAGGUCUUAGAAUCCUUGGAUUGCAAUAGGAGGAUCAUACCCAGGAGCACUUGCAGCUUGGUAUAGAUAUUAAUAUCCUCACCUCGUUAUAGGAGCACUGGCUUCAUCUGCUGUAGUGGAAUCUAUUACUGAUUUUAAGAUGUUUGAUACUUAGAUCUAUGUAUCUGCACUCAAAUCUGGACCUUAAUGUGCUAAAUAUAUUUAGGAUAUGAAUAAAUAUGCAGAAUAGCAAAUACUAAAUUAAGCCACAAAGGAAGAAUUUAAGGGUUCUUUUGGGGCAGAGAAAUUGACUGAUUUAGAAUUCUUAUUCUUUUUUGCAGACGCUUAAUUAUUAAUAAUUUAGUAUGGAGGCAGAUCAGAGUUGUGUAUGUAAUUAGAAGGCAAAAGCAUAACUGAAUAGAUUGACUAUUUUAGAUCAGUUAUUGAAGUAGGUAGUUUCAUGGAAUAUGGAUCAUUUUAUUUAAAGAAUGAUGAAUAUGACGAAAAUAAUCUAAGCCCUUCAAGAUAAUGGAUGUAUUAAUGUUGUAGUGAAUUGGGUUGGUGGUAAACAAGUCCACUUGAAAACAGUGUAAGAUCUUCUUUAAUAGAUUUAUAAUUCUAUAGAGAUUUUUGCAAUAGUAUUUUUGGUGGAAUACAAGCUAAUAUAUUUCCAGAUGACUAAUUAGCCAAUGCAAGAUUUGGUGGAAAGAAUUUGAAUGUAGAUAACUUAAUAAUGACUAAUGGAAAUGAAGAUCCUUGGAAAUGGUCUAGUGUGUUGGUUAAUUAAGGAUCAAUAUUGGCUUAUGAGGUUAAUUGUGAUGAUAGUGGUCAUUGUGUUGAAUUGUAUACACCAAAAGAAGAAGACUGUGAAUAAUUGAAACAAGUAAGAUAGGAUAUUAUUGCACAAUUUCACAAAUGGAUUUAGGAUUAUUAUACAUUAAUUUAAUGA